UCUAUCUGAAUUUUGAAAUAAAAAAUUGCUUGCUACAAUUUAUAAACUGUGUUUGCAUAUAAAUAUAUCUCAUAGAUAAAAAUAUAGAACAUUCACAAAAAAACAUGGCGCUGUGCUAUACGAGAUUGCUUUGCCGGCGAGGCGUCGAUCUCCGUAAUUUUCGCAGCUUGUAUACCUGCAGCCCACUCAAUGUUGCUGUUACUAAACCAUUGUGUUCUGGAUCUGCAAUUUGUGAAUCUCACGAUGAGAAGAAUAUGCGUCUCAAACGACCCAUGUCACCACAUUUGACCAUCUAUCAAGUUCAAUUGACAGCAUUCCUGUCAAUAACACAUCGUGCAACAGGCAUGGUAUUGGCUAGUUAUGCAAUGUUGCUUGGUUUGGGAACAUUGGCGAUCCCUGGAGGUAUUCCUUGCCUCAUUGAAGUGAUUGAAGAUUUAAGUUUGUCUUCGGUUCCUCUGUUCUUAGGGAAAACUCUUUUAGCUCUUCCUGCUACAUACCACUCGAUUAAUGGAUUACGUCACUUGUCCUGGGAUAUGGGAAAAUUCCUCACCAUUAAAGAAGUAUAUAGCACUGGUUAUGCAGUAUCUGCCUUAUCAGUGAUCGCGGCUAUUGUGCUUGCUGCAAUGUAAUCUCAAUGGCAUGGCCAAAUUAUGAUACAAUCUUCAUUGUAAAUUUACAGUGUGAAUAGAUCAAUAAGUCGGGUCUUGUAUUUUGCAAGCUGUAUUAAAUCUAGAAUAAAACGUUUUGUUAGACUGUAUUAUUAAUCAAUUUGUUAUCGAUUAAUGUAAUACAAUCUAGAAAAUGUAUAAUAAUUUAUUAAAAAACUUAUUUAUGUUUCAGUAGCUA